UUAUUUGUUGUGUAUAGUUGUAGACAAUGAAAUACACACCAAGUUAUGUUUUAAAUAUCCCGAAUACUUGAAUUUAUUUUGAAGAAAUUCGUUUAAGGACAUGUAUUAUUUAAUUGUGUUCUGUAAUGCUAUUGUUCUAGCACUGAUGGCCAUGUACAUAUACGAAAAUGAAAGAAGAAUUAAGGAAAUAUCUGCAACGCAUAAUAAAACAGGUGGACAAAUUUUAGAUAAAAGAGUCGCUUUUCAUGCACGGCUAUCGACGGACGUCACUCUUGGCUCUUCACAAACAGUUAUUUUCGAUGACGUGAUUACAAAUAUUGGUAGCGCGUAUGACUUCCGAACUGGUCAUUUUACAUCUCCUAAUGACGGUGUGUAUUUCUUUGCUUCUACAUUUCUUAAGACUGGUAGUAGCAGUAGUCUACAUUUACAAAUGAUUAAAAACAACGAUAUGAUAUCACAAGGUCACGCUGCAUCUGGGGAUUUUGAAGCAGGUUCCAUGAAUGCUUUAGUAUCCCUGAAGCGAGGAGACAGUGUACUCGUACGCCAUCAUGCUGGAUCUGGAAUAGAAUCGAUUCAUGGAGGUUGGGGUUUCUUUUCUGGAUAUCAAGUCUAUUAAAAUUUACAAAUAGUAAAUUCGUAUGACUCAAUGUGUUCAACUAUUAGCUUGCGUUCGGUUUUUGCUAGGUUUCUUUAAAACCGUACCAGUUUGUUGUGGUUCAUAA